CAAAUGAUGGCAGAGACGUGUGGAAUUUUUCAUUGCCUCGCCCCAGGAGCACCAUGCUGUCUGUGCCUGCUGCUGGUUCUUCUCCUUUUUUUCUGCUGUUGUUUCCACCCAUCCCUUUCAUCUCUCUCACACACACUUCCUUUUUUACUCCUCUGUGAGCCAGGAGCUUGUUGCAGCCGAUGUCUCUCUCUCUCUCUCUCUCUCUCUCUCUCUCUCUCUCUCUUUCUCCAUGGCCUGUCCUCCCGCCGCCUCCUGCUCCUACACCGUGGUCCUCAUCCCGCUCAGGAGCAGCCUCUGCAGCCUGGACGCCCUCCGCUUCUACUUGUGGAUUAAGCAUCUCAAGGAUCUAGAAAAGGAAAAAGACAUUCUGUGCUGUGGUUUGGAGACUCUGGAGCAGGCCCGACUCUGGUACUGCCAACGGCUGCGAAAGUCCAGGGCCCAGCAAGAUGACACUGACACCAAAAGUUGGAUCAACUCCUCCCAAGAAGAUGUAUCAAAGGCCCAUUCUUGCUCGCUGAGGUCUCGCAUACAGCGGGUGAAUGCAUCUCUGGCUUCUGUCAUGGCUGAGCCCAGUGGCACCAGCACUGAUGCUGCAGUACACAGCGCCCUCCGGUGGUAUCACACACGACUCACACAGGAAGUGAGUCACAAGAAUCGACAGAUCUCCAUGUUAGAGAUGGAAAAGGACGCUCUUCUCGAGCAACUUUAUGAAGUUGAAACUGUCAGGUGCACGUCUCCUCAUUUGUCAAUAUGUAUUUAAGUCAAUAAAUGUAACAGUAUUGUGUAUAAUUUGAUCUGACAGAUUGUGACCAGGUGUAAGGAAAUUGGCGUGACUACUGUAUUAAUAAUGGUAAUGCAACAGCUUCUUUUAUUGCAAAGUUUUUAACUAACAUCAGC